AUGCUCGGAACUCUAGCCUUCCCCUUUCAUUCUGCUUGCGUCUCCCAUCGCCGCCCGGGAAGGAUGCUCCCCUGCGCCUCCAUCGCGGAGGCUUCACCGCCGUCCGCCGCAACGGACAGCCGGAGUCUCUACGAGGUCCUCCGUGUCCAGCGAGACGCGUCGCAGACAGAGAUCAAGACGGCGUACCGCACGCUGGCCAAGUUGUACCACCCGGACGCGACGUCGCGGUUCCUGAACUCGUCGGCGGCGGACGGCCGGGAAUUUAUCGAGAUCCACAACGCGUACGCCACGCUGUCCGAUCCGGACGCUAGAUCUGUCUACGAUUUCAACUUAAGAGUUGGCUCGCACCGCCGGCGGGAUACCAGCCGAUUUUACCCGACCCGUAGGUGGGAAACAGAUCAAUGCUGGUGA